CACUCAAACCAAAGGCCAGUCUGCACAUGUUCUAGUGCAAACCUGACACUACAUGAAAAUAAACCCAGAGGAACCAUCCGUGUUAUCGCACAAUUGAGAUGUGAGACACUCCUCUGGCUCAGAAAUGUGCGAGACCUAAAUACAGCUUGAGGUUAGUUCAAGUGCUUUAAAUCGGUAUGAGUAAACCACUCACAGGAAAAAAGUCAGGAAGUCAUAAACAGUGAUGACUCUGUGAUUUUAAGAGCUGUAACAAGAUGGUGAGUAGUACUGCUAUAAUAUCUAUCAGAAACUAACACUGCUUUGGAUCCUCUCUUUCUCUCUCUUUAGAGCCAUGUGUUUGAGCUGUGAACUGUGCCGUCUGGAGUAACUCAUGUCAAUUUAAAUGCAGAUGAAACAACAGAGAAAAACAGAGGUCCUUUUUGGCUGGGUCUUAGCCUUCUGGCUCUCUUCAGUUGUCAACAGUGAAAGUAAGUGGCUGUUAACAUUGUGAGACAGUGCACAAAAACAUAUUUUGGCUGUUUUUUACCAGGCAAAAAAGCUGCUUGAGGGAACAAUCUUUUGUCUUUUAGUAAGGAUGUGUCACAUCCAGCAAAGACAGAAAGUACAGACAUAUUCCAAAUAAUAUUGGAUAAGAUUCUGCUAUAAAACAGGCCUUUCUAAGUAUUAUAAAGUACAAAGCAUUUUUUGUGUCUGGGAUUGUUUCAAAAGAUCCAUGCUGUCUGGCUAGGACCUUGAUAAAGAGAAAGAUGCAAUCUGUAGUAUUCACUUUGAGAAGACCUGAGUAGAGAUGAUCUGCUUUCUACAGAAACAAAAUGUCUUCAAGUUCUCACAACUCCUUCUUCUCUAGCUGAACUGGCUAUGGCCACAAUAUAGAUACAGUGUGUGUAAGCAUGGAAAGCUUCCAAAACCUGGAGAUAUAACAGUUUUCCUCUCUAUCCAUCGUCACAGGUAAAGUGGAGCUGAGAACUAGUGCUGAGGUAAAGGCUCAGUGUGAUCAGAAUGUGGCGCUGCAGUGUGACAUCAUCUCAUCGAGGCCACUCAAGAUCAUUCUCUUUUCCUGGGUAGACUCAAGGGAAAUGAAAGAGCUGUGUGUGGUCAAUGCCACUGGUGUAUUCCCCUCUCCUGGGGUCCUGUGUGACAACACAAACAACAGACUGACACUCACUUUGACUCGGGUGAUGCCGUCCAUUCAGAGUAACUACGUCUGCAAACUGCGCUCCAACCUAUCGAUCACAGCUGCCAGUACCACUGUGACACUGCAAGGUCUGUAUACUGUAUAGGAAUAAUGCUCCUAUAAAACUAAUGAUGAUGCUGUUGUAGGAUGGGAGCAAUUGCAACAAUGACACAUAGGCAAGUCAGACAAAUAUUACACAAAUAUGGCAAUUAAAUUAUUAAAGAUGCUCUCCAGCUAUGUGAAUGUUACUUGAGAACUAUUCAAUACUCAUCCUAUUUUUCCCUCAACAUUGCAGAGUGCCUAAGGACAUCUGAGCACAAAGUGUUCCAGAAUGAGUCUAAGGUUGAGUGCCAGUUCUUUGGAGUUUACCCAGAAGGCAGAGUACACUGGUUCCUGGGCUCAGAGAAUAUAACAGAGUCCGCCAGCACAGAAAGCCAGCAGGAUGAAGAGGGGCUGUUUAAUAUAAGGAGUACCCUUCCUACCCAGGCUGGGACUGAGCCUUACAACUGCUCCCUGUGGACACCUAGUAGUGGAACCUACAGCUCUCACAAACUGCUGCCCUACUCCAGAGGGGAGGAUCGUAUCUCUUCAGGGACAAGGACUAGGAGCAGACUGCUGUGGGUCUUCAUCCUGGUUGGACUCAUAAUCAUAACAUAGGACUACUCAUGAGAAGGUCAAGAGUUUUUUACUGAACAUGGGACGUCAAACUACAGUAGGGCAAAGGGCUUUCCUGGUCAGGGCACAUCUACACAGGAUGGACCUGGGCCUUUCUCUUGCUGAGUGAAGAGAAAUCAAACCUGGACUGCCAUGGCCAAAGUGGAUAUACAGUAUGUUAACUUUUUAUACUGAGAAGCAAAAUAUCAAACAAAUUACAAUAAAUACAAUUGAAUUAACUCUCCCAAUUAAAUUAAAAAUCACUGUUCAUUGAGAUUUGAGAAUACUUUAAGAAGUAUUCAACCAUUCUCAUCUUGUUCAUCCUUUGUCUUCAACGUUAUAGACUUGCUUCAAUUGCAUUGCAUAUAUACAGUAGUAGAAUACUGCUCCCUGCUGGUGAAAGUGUUUACUGAUGGCAAUAGUACUGCUGUUAGAUGAGUAAUAAAGUUGUUCUAAAUUGUAUUGUUGAGUUGACUGAUCUCGCCUUGACUAAUCUUGCUUAUUAAGCCUGUCUUAUCUUGUUGCUUUCUUUGCCAGUCAGCACUGAUUACACUGAUUAGAUAAUAAUCAAUGCAAUGUCAAAACAUGGCUAGAAGGGAGUGUUCUGGAUUCUAAAAUAUACGUUUUGUUAUACCUUAGCAAAUAUAGUCACCUGUGUUGUUGUCUGUACUAGAAAUGUUCUCAAUUUAAAAACGAACCAGACCACAGAGGGUACUCAUGGCAUUGACAAUAAAAGAAUGGGAACUCAUCAUCAUUCAAA